AUUAUGUGCGCGAUCGCCGCAAUUUCCUUUUCGUAAGGCAAAGUUUAAGCAUGAUACUUACCUGCUAAUUUCCUUUUACCUUUUCCUUUUUUCCUUCGAUAAUUUUCGAAAAUAUGGCUGAAAGUGAAAAAACUUGCGCGGAAUGUAACGAACCCGCUGAAUUAAUGUGUUCUGCCUGUAAAUUAGUGUCAUAUUGCAGUAAAGAACAUCAAAAAGAACAUUGGAAAACUCAUAAAUCACUUUGUAAACCUUUUGAGAUCCAAACGACCUCAGACAAAGGGAAAUGCUUAGUGGCCACAAGAGACUUGUCUCCAAACGAUCAAAUUAUUUGCGAUUAUCCGAUAGUUUUCGGACCACGUCCCCAUGUGGUGGAAGAAGGUCCCGUUCCAUGUCCCGGAUGCUGCAGAUUAAUAAUUGCUGAAUCGGCACCAAGAUGUGAAGGUUGCGACUGGCCAGUGUGUAACCCAAAUUGUCCAGGAUUAAAGGACGUAAACAAACACGCUCACGAAUGUUACAUUUUAGGUUUAAGGCCGACAAAAGCACAAAAGAAUUUGCACAACUUUUAUCGGCAAGAUGCUUUGCUGACUCUUCGAAUUUUACUCUUUCAAAAAAGGAACCAAAAGAAAUGGCAACAGAUAUUGGAAAUGGAAUCCCACAUGGAUAAGAGAGGAGAGGGUACCGAUACGUACAAACAUGUCCAAGAAAGGAUAGUAAAAUAUAUACAAGAAAACUUCGUCACACCGUUGAGAGAUAUCGGAAAACAAACGGGACAAGAACUUUUACUGGACGAUUCGGACGAGACAAUUCAAAAGAUUUGUGGAAUAAUAGACGUAAAUUCGAUGGAAAUAAAUCAAGAUGCGGAACUUUCAGCUCUGUAUCCCACCGCGUAUUUAAUGGAGCACAGUUGCAUCUGUAACACUUACCACGUCUUCGACGACGAAGACCAGAACUACAAGAUAACAGUUAGGGCAGCUUUACCGAUCAAGAAGGGGGACCACAUAACGACCAUGUACACUCAUGCCCUUUGGGGAACCCAAGCAAGGAGGGAACAUCUCAUGGAAACGAAAUAUUUUGAGUGCUCCUGUCCCAGAUGCAGCGAUCCAACAGAAUUGGGAACGUACCUUAGUGCCUUAAGAUGCUUAGGAACAGAAAAUGAACCCUGUGGAGGAACACAACUUCCAAUUGACCCCCUCGACUAUAAAACGGAAUGGGCUUGUGAUAAAUGUAAAGUGAAAGUUAAUAAUGCCGAGGUGGCAAUGUUGGUCAACCAAAUUGGAGAAGAAGUCGACCAGAUUCAGUUGAGCAAACCGACGGUCAAAGAAUUGAACGAAAUGCUUAAAAAAGUUUUAACAUUCUUACAUCCCCAUCAUUAUCACGUUUAUUCUUUGAAACACUCUUUGGUGCAGUUGUACGGGUAUCAGCAGGGAUACAUGCCGAACCAAAUAAGUGACGAACUUCUCCUCGAAAAGGCCGAAAUGUGCCGGGACUUGUUGGAGACAACCAGGAAGAUCGAUCCAGGAAAUUCUAGACUUUGCUUGUAUACAGCAGUUCUGCUCCACGAGUUGCAUUUGGCGAAUGUUUAUUAUAUAAAGCGGAAGUGGCAUACAGAAGACAAAGAAGUUUUGGCCAGGUUGUUUCGCGAGGCGAAAAGAUCGCUCGAGGACGCGAAAAAAGUUCUGGAACACGAAACGACUUGCGCUGCCGGGGAAAAACUUCGGCACUUGGUGGAAAGUUCGGAGAAAGACGCCAACAAAUGGAUCAAUAAUCAUUCAGAAGAAGUCAACGAAUUAUUGGAACAAAUAAAAGAAUCAUUGAACGUUUAAAAACACAAUUUAAUUAUGUAUGUAUUAUUAAUUGCUUACUACAUUUAUAACUAUGAAUAAAGGCGUACGUUUAGAAUUAUUGGUUUGUA